GGCCGAUGAGGCAUAUUCUAGUGUAAAACUGUUCAUACUAUUUCUAACCACAGUUGGCAAGAAGAUAACUCCAGUUCGUGAAUGCCAUGUUGAUCGGAGACAUUUUGCUUACGAUUGUUGCCUGCCGGUUUUUGGAGUCGCGCCUACGCAUAUAAAACAUGCACCCACCAAUGCCGCGGAGCAGUCUCUGCCCAGAAUCAGGCGUUUCAGCAACAGUGUGAAAACCGUUUAUACCCACUGGCGCGGACAGUCGAAGAAAGUCACUAUCGAACUGAAGUACUAAUCAAAAGUUAAGAUAGUAAUUCGACACUGAUUUGGACUGAGUAGUGCGUUCAGAACUGUGCCGUGGAACGAAUCGUCUAAAGUGAUUGUGUUUUUUGUUACUUUAAUUGCAGCUAAGACACCAUGAAGCUUUUCGUCGUGGGCUGCUGCCUGCUAUUCUGUCUGGGGGUGACGCUAGCGCAAGAUAUCCCGGCAUGGCGAUACGAAUGUCAGCAAAAUCGUUGUGUAAAAAUGGAACUGAACCAAUCAAAUAUUGAUACAGCAAUCAGUUUACCAGUUUGUCGCCUCUUCUGUGGAGAAAAUGUUCCUGUAUGGCCGAAACCGACGGAAACCAUCAGGCUGGAUCCGUCCACAGUCCGAAUUAAAAAGUCUGGGAUAAAUUUCAGAAGACCAUCAACGCGGUCCGUGGAUAGCCUUUGGAGUGCCAUUGAAAAUCGUUUUACAAAUCAAAUUGAAGCCAAAGUUGCUCAUACAACUGGCUUAAAGGAUGAAGGAAAAAAUCUCAUCAUUAAAUUCUCUGUAAAUGAAUCCAGUAACUAUAAUUUGGAAUCAUACACCGAUGAACGCUACAAAUUGAGCUUGAGUCAGACGAGCAAUGAAGCAAUAGCGGAAAUAAAGGCGGAAACCAUUUAUGGAGCUCGUCAUGGAUUGGAAACACUUUCGCAGUUAAUUGUGUACGAUGAUAUUAGGAGAGAGUUACAAGUUGUUGCGGAGGGUGAAAUUUCAGAUUCACCGGUAUACAAACAUCGAGGAUUGCUUCUGGAUACUUCAAGAAAUUACUUUAGCGUGGAAUCACUGAAAAGAUUAAUUGAUGCUAUGGCAAUAGUCAAACUGAAUGUUUUCCACUGGCACAUAACAGACUCGCACAGUUUCCCACUCGUAUUGAAAUCACAUCCUGAUCUCACGAAAUAUGGAGCCUACACCCCAAAAAAAGUGUACACCCCAGAAAGCAUAAGGGAUCUCGUACAGUAUGCUAGGGUUCGUGGCGUCCGUGUGCUUCCCGAAUUUGAUGCUCCUGCCCACGUCGGUGAAGGUUGGCAAAAGAAAGACAUGACUGCCUGUUUCAAUAAGCAACCCUGGCAAGAUUACUGUGUUGAACCUCCAUGCGGACAAUUAGAUCCAACCGUCGAUGGUCUGUACGACGUCCUUGAAGAUAUCUAUCGCGAAAUGUAUGAUUACUUCGACAGUCCUGAUAUUUUCCACAUGGGAGGUGAUGAAGUUUCAACGGGUUGCUGGAAUUCUAGUGAACGAAUUCAAAAAUGGAUGCUAGCCAAAGGUUGGAAAUUGGAGGAGAAAGAUUUUAUUGAGUUAUGGGGAUAUUUCCAAGAUAAUGCAUUGGAAAGAUUCGACAAAGUUGCUGGACGCAAAUUGCCAAUUAUAAUGUGGACGAGUCACUUGACUGAAAAACCAUUCGUCGAUAAAUACUUGGACAAGAGUCGUUAUAUCAUCCAAAUUUGGACUACAGGAGCCGAUCCGAAAGUUCAAGAUUUGCUAGAAUUGGGAUACAAACUGAUCGUAUCUAACUAUGACGCGCUUUAUUUGGAUUGCGGCUUCGGUGGCUGGGUCAAUGAUGGCAAUAACUGGUGUUCGCCGUUUAUCGGAUGGCAAAAGGUUUAUGAUAAUAGGCCUGACAAAAUUGCUGGACAAUAUCCGUCUCAGAUUUUGGGUUCAGAAGCGGCUCUGUGGGCGGAACAAGUUGACGAAUAUACUUUGGAUUCUCGAUUUUGGCCGCGAGCUAGUGCCUUAGCUGAACGCCUUUGGUCUAAUCCAGACACUACGUGGCGUGAAGCUGAAUCACGAAUGCUAAUGCAUCGUGAACGGCUGGUAGAGAAUGGUAUUGGAGCAGAAGCCCUACAACCGGAAUGGUGUCUUCAGAAUGAGAAUGAUUGUCCAAUUAUAAAAAGUGGUGCUUAAUUUGACUGUAAAAAGUUUACGUUUAUAUUUUUCAUAAUUUUUAAAUGAUGUAAAUUAAGGAGAAUUGAUUGAUCUGUACAAUAUAUAUUCAUAGGAAAUUGA